CCCUCGGCGCGUUCGCUUUCAUGUCGCCCUGGCUCAGUCGGCUUCUCACCGCAACUCCCAAAGAGGUCCCGGUUCUCAACCGUUGUUCGCAGAACUUUUGCCGGCCGUCCCUUCGCUCCAAACCGACUCCAGACUCCAUUACGAAGCUGGCUGCCCGCUGCUAUCGUUGUCUAGGAACAUCUCCGUCAUCACACUGAAAACGAACGUUGAACGCCACAAAAACGACAUCGAAGAUGGCCGAACAAGAACAGCCCGUGAAGCCUGCUCCCCAGAUGGACCAGAUCAAGUCCCUGCUGGGUGGAGGUGCUGCCGGUGUGGCGACAGUCCUGGCUGGUCACCCGUUCGAUACGCUGAAAGUCCGUUUACAAACUGGAACGCAGUACAAGGGCUUGGCUGACUGCUUCAAGCAAACGAUCGCAAAGGAUGGUAUUUUGGGACUGUACAGGGGUAUGGCGUCCCCACUCGUCGGUGUAACGCCCAUGUUCGCGCUGAGUUUUUGGUCCUACGACCUCGGUUGUCAACUGGUCCGCGACAUGACCCCCAACCGCAAAUCCUCCGAACUCACAUUGACCGAAUACGCCAUCGCCGGAGGUUUCUCAGCCAUCCCAACGACGAUCGUCACGACACCCAUGGAACGCGUGAAGGUUGUUUUGCAAACGCAAGAUCAGUCUGUUGGAGGGAAGAAGUACAAGGGGAUGGGCGAUGCUGCGGCUGCUAUGUGGAGGGAAGGCGGGAUCCGGUCCUUGUACCGUGGAACCAUCGCCACCUUGGCUCGUGACACGCCUGGGUCGGCUGCGUAUUUCUGGGCUUACGAGGCUGUCUAUCGGGCGCUGAAGCCAAAGGGAGAGCAAGGAUUACCUGUCACGUCUGUUCUGUUUGCCGGAGGAAUGGCUGGUGUCGCUAUGUGGUCAAUCGCCAUUCCUCCAGAUGUGAUCAAGUCUCGCAUCCAGUCCGCCCCAGCAGGAACAUACAAAGGAUUCGUUGACUGCGGGAUGCAAAUUGUGGCGAAAGAAGGGCCAUCUGCACUUUUCAAGGGAUUGGGACCCGCUCUUUUGCGUGCUUUCCCGGCAAAUGCAGCAGGUUUCCUGGGUAGAGCCGCCAUGAUGGAGGUGCUUCACCGCCUCUGGUGAUCUGGAUAGAUUCGAUGUCCUUGGGCUUCAACGCGUGUCUGCUUCAUGAAGGGCUUAUCCACCGCGGUAUACCACUGGGGGACUCCUCUUUUUGUCUUACAUUAUUUUAAAGUGCAGUUCCGGGCUCGCUCUUCCCUAGUUAGAUGCAGCGUAGGAAUGUACUCGGCAUAGAUCAGGCUCUUAAAUAUUUUGCAAUCAGA